UCGCCGAAAUCGUCACUAAAUCGAAGAUGACUACAGCAAUUGCCAUCGAGGAUGUUAGAAGGGAGGUAAAAAUACUGAGAGCUCUGUCCGGACAUAACAAUCUAGUUCAUUUCUAUGAUGCACAUGAGGACCACGAUAAUGUCUACAUAGUAAUGGAAUUAUGUGAAGGAGGGGAACUCUUGGACAGUAUUCUGUCAAGGGGUGGAAAAUACACUGAGGAUGAUGCAAGAGUUGUGAUGAUUCAGAUACUUAAUGUUGUUUCCUUCUUUCAUCUGCAGGGUGUUGUGCACCGCGAUCUUAAACCUGAGAAUUUCUUGUUUACAUCAAAGGAUGAAAAUUCACAAUUGAAGGCCAUAGACUUUGGCUUGUCUGAUUUUGUGAAACCAGGUUUGUACUCUAUUUUCUUUUAUUUAAGUUCUAUGCUUUAUUUAUUUGAUUGGUUUGUUAAUAUGUUCUUUCUUUUUCCAUUUGUAGAUGAAAGGCUUAAUGAUAUUGUUGGUAGUGCAUACUAUGUUACACCAGAAGUUCUACAUAGGUCUUAUAGUACGGAAGCGGAUGUCUGGAGUAUAGGUGUGAUUGCUUAUAUUCUAUUGUGUGGAAGUCGUCCAUUUUGGGCCCGGACAGAGUCUGGGAUAUUCCGAGCUGUUUCAAAAGCUGAUCCAAGUUUUGAUGAUGCACCUUGGCCAUCUCUAUCUUCUGAGGCUAGGGAUUUUGUGAAACGCUUACUGAACAAAGACCCAAGGAAAAGAUCGACUGCAGCCCAAGCCUUGAGUCAUCCCUGGAUAAAAAAUUAUAACGACGUGAAAGUACCCGUGGAUAUACUUAUAUUCAAACUCAUGAAGGCUUACCUACGUUCCUCAUCUCUUAGGAAAGCUGCAUUAAGGGCUUUGUCUAAAACUUUGACUGUGGAUGAGCUAUUUUACUUGAAGGAGCAGUUCGCACUAUUGGAGCCAAACAAAAACGGCACUAUAAGCUUGGAAAAUAUUAAAGUGGCCCUGAUGAAAAAUGCAACAGAUGCUAUGGAGUCUCGCAUCCCUGAAUUUCUAGCAUCACUAAAUGCACUUCAAUACAGAAGGAUGGACUUUGAUGAAUUCUGUGCAGCUGCAUUAAGUGUUCAUCAGCUCGAGGCUCUUGAUAGAUGGGAACAACAUGCUCGCUGUGCUUAUGAACUUUUCGAGAAGGAUGGAAAUAGAGCUAUUGUCAUCGAUGAACUAGCUUCGGAACUCGGACUGAGCCCAUCCGUGCCGAUUCACUCUGUCCUCCAUGAUUGGAUUCGUCACACCGAUGGAAAGCUAAGUUUUCUCGGAUUUGUUAAGUUAUUGCAUGGUGUAUCUAGCCGAACCUUUGCAAAAGUUCAAUAGAAGUUGAAGUACUUCAGUAAGAGCUCAAACAAACAAUUGCAUCUUGACUACCCUGACUACAUAUAUAAUACCGGUAGAGGAAAUGUUGUGGGCACAAGCUUAUAAAAAAACACAUGAUUGAUGCCUGGUGCACCUGCAAUUUAACAUAGGACAAAGGUGUAAGAAUUUGAUGUUUUCAACUGCAAAAUUGUAGUUAAAAAAAAUGUGUUCAAUUGCAGAAGUUGAGAAUAUUUCUCAACUGGUUUCAAGAGACAUAACCUGAUAUAUUUCGGCCAGCCUCAUGAAACCAUGAUUGUAUCAUCUUCUUGUCCCCUCUGUUCUAUAAUUUGUAAUGAAAAGUUCUUGCGCUUAAAUUUA